AUGGACAAGACGGAACUGGGCGCCGCCGGCGUCCACCCGGUCGCUUCCAAUGCGGCCGGCAGCCAAGAGAAGGUGGCUAUCCAAGACGGCAACAGGCGCGAGGAAGACUGGUACACCCGAAAUGGCCUCAACCUCAAGUCCUUCCAGCGGCGCGACGAGGAUAGCAGCACUGGCACCGCCGAGUUGGACCGCUCCAUGAAAGGUCGCCACCUGCACAUGAUUGCCAUAGGUGGUUCUAUCGGUGCCGGUUUCUUUGUUGGUUCCGGAGGUGCACUCGGCAGUGGUGGCCCUGGAUCUCUUCUCAUCAACUUCCUCAUCAUCGGUGUCAUGAUGUUCAACGUCGUCUAUGCCCUUGGUGAACUCUCCAUCAUGUACCCUGUUUCCGGCGGUUUCUACACGUACUCUACUCGCUUCAUCGACCCGUCGUGGGGUUUCGCCAUGGGUUGGAACUACGUUUUCCAGUGGGCAAUCGUCCUGCCUCUGGAACUGACAGUCUGCGGUAUCACCAUUUCCUACUGGAACGAAAGCAUCAGCGUGGGCGUGUGGAUAACGGUGUUCUGGGUCGCGAUCCUCAUCAUCAACAUCUUCGGAACGCUUGGUUACGCCGAGGAGGAAUUCGCAUCGUCCGUGUUCAAGCUGCUCGCCACCUGCAUCUUCCUCGUCAUCGCCUUCGUUCUCGUCCUCGGCGGUGGUCCCAAGGACGGUCGCUACAACGAAUACUGGGGUGCCCGUCUCUGGGUUGACCCUGGCCCGUUCCAGAACGGCUUCCGCGGCUUCUGUAGCGUGUUUGUCACGGCGGCUUUUGCUUUCAGCGGAACAGAACUGGUUGGUUUGGCCGCUGCCGAGGCGCGCAACCCGGUCAAGGAGAUGCCUGGUGCUAUCAAGCAGGUCUUCUGGCGUAUCACACUCUUUUACAUCCUGGGUCUCUUCUUCGUCGGUCUCCUCAUCGACGCUCGCGACACGGCGCUUCUCGGAUCCUCAUCCCACGACGUGCACGCCUCGCCCUUUGUCCUCGUGGGCAAGUACGCCGGCCUCCAUGGAUUCGACCACUUUAUGAACAUCACCAUCCUCGUCUCGGUUCUUUCCAUCGGCGUAUCGGCCGUCUACGGCGGCUCCCGUACCCUCACGGCCCUUUCUCAGCAGGGCUACGCCCCCAAGAUCUUCUCCUACAUCGACCGCUCCGGCCGUCCCCUCUACUCGGUAGGAAUCAUUAUCGCCUUUGGCCUGCUCGCCUACGUCAACCUUAACGCGCAGGGCGAGGUUGUGUUCAACUGGCUUCUUUCCCUGUCCUCGCUGGCUGCUCUGUUCACCUGGGGCUCGAUCUGCCUUGCGCACAUCCGGUUCCGCAAGGCCUGGGCCCACAACGGGCACACCACCGACGAGAUCCCCUUCAAGGCCAUUGGCGGCGUCUGGGGCUCGUACCUCGGAUUGACGCUUAACAUUCUCGUCCUUGCAGCUCAGACCUUUGCCGCCAUUGCCCCUCCCCCCAAGGCCGGCCAGGAGCCCACGCUCAACGACGCCGAGGGCUUCUUCAGCGCUAUGCUCGCUCUCCCCAUCGUCAUCCUGUUCUGGAUCAUUGGCUACCUGUGGAAGCGUGAGGGCUGGCUCAAGACGGAGCAGAUCGACGUCGACUCGGGCCGCCGUGAGCUGCCGUGGGAUGAGAUCAACGCUUACCGUGCCGAGCUCGCGGCCAUGCCGGCGUGGAAGCGCAUCAUUCACACUGUUUUCGUCUAA